AUGAUGGUUUUCCCAUCGUUCGGGCCUACGCAGCUUGUACCGCUGAUCACGGCCCUGCAUUAUGCAUACCCGGCAGCUGUCUUCAUCUACUACAUAGCUUCUUCGGCCGUAACCGUCUGCACCUUACAAUCUUCGGUUGACCGAGCCAGGCAUAUGUAUCUCGGCACCCUGGCAUGUUUAAUGGUUGCCUUCAUCUUUACAUUCGUUGUGGAGCUAGGUGUGCUCCUGACCGUCUCCUCAAUUGGAGGUUGUCUCAGUCAAAUACGCCCAGACAUAGUCAUAGGUCUCCUCUCUCCGAUCCUCGUCUUUGGAGUCCUGGUGGCCGAUCUCUUCGGAACCGUGGCUCCAGUGUGGCGUACAUAUAUCGGUCCAUAUGUCCUAGCUGCGCUGACAGAGCCAUUGCUUGCCAUCCUCAACCAAACUGCUGACAGCCCGUCAAGCUGGCGUUGGCCGGACUACACAGCGCUGGGAGCUGUGAUGGUCCGCGAAACCUUGGCAGUAUCGAUCUUGGUGCUGUAUGCAAGCGGUCGUCCAAAGGUCGAGGCACCGUCCUCGCCUGACGAUACCGAGCGGCAGCCACUUCUACAGAAGACAGACAACUCUGUCGUUCAUGGCAAUGCUGGGCGCUAUGGAUCUACACAGGCUGAAGAUUCGAGCGAGCGGACGCAACCAGGCGAACAGCAAAUCGGAGAUGGCUCUAAGGUCAAGGCCAAGGCCAAGUCCAAGGACACCGCCGAGUCCCCUUACGAACGCAGAAGACGCGAGGCCAGGGAGAGAAUGGAAACCCGACUUCGACAAGAGGGUAACUGGUUCUUAUACAUAAAGAGCUUCGCUGUAUUCCUGCCCUACAUCUGGCCUGCCGGCGAUCGAGUCCUACAGCUACAUGCAGUGCUUGUAGGGGUGUGUCUGCUUGCCAACAACGCGCUCAACGUGCUCAUACCGCGGCAAAUGGGCGUCCUGACCGAUAGCCUGAGUGGUGCCAACAAUGAGGACCCCUGGGUUCAGGUCAUUAUCUUUGCCGCCCUUCGGUUGGCAGCUUCUGAAGCUGGCCUCUCCUUUGCCCGCCAAUGGCUCUGGAUACCUGUCGAGAACUACUCGGCUGCUGCAUUGAGUUCGGCAGCCUACUCGCACGUUCUCAAUCUGUCGGCCGACUUCCACGACUCCAAGGGAAUUUCCGAACUCAGCAUGGCUAUUCAGUCGGGACAAAGCCUCAGCGGCCUGCUAGACUCGAUCUGCUUCCGCGCCAUGCCUAUGAUGAUUGACUUGUGUCUCGCCUUCGCCUACCUGUCAACUACAUUUGGGCCCUACGAGGGGCUCAUCACUGUGGCUACCGCGGUCAUAUUUUUUCACAUUGCGACCCGGAUGCUCGCGAAGCUCAGCGAGCCACGAAAGAGUGAAAUCAGCGCAUGGUUCCACGAGCACUACGUUCUUCAGGCCGGAAUCCAGGGUUGGUCAACCGUCACCUGCUUCAACCAAGUACCGUACGAGGAGAACCGCUACACUGAAGCCGUCAAGGACAGAGUGACAAAGUCCGAGACAGUAUACACAGGAUAUCUGUUCGCAUACGCCUUUCAGUACCUUGUCCUUCUGGCUGGUCUCCUGGCCGGGUCCUUUUUGGCCGUGUACCAGGUGGCAUCAAAGGAAGCCACAGCAGGACAGUUUAUAAUGCUCCUUACGUACUGGGGCCAGCUGGUAUCCCCGCUCAACUAUUUUGCUGGACUCGGCAAAACCAUUUCACGAAAUCUUGUUCAAGCCGAACAGCUUUUGGAGAUCAUGCAGAAAAAGCCUACUAUACUGAGCAAGGAUGGGGCCCCCGCACUGGAGCUGUCUGGCGCCAGGGUCAAGUUCGACAAGGUGGGAUUUUCUUAUGACGGCAAGAAAAAAAUACUAAACAAUGUCAGUUUUGAUGCACCACCGGGCACGACUGUGGCCUUUGUUGGAACUACAGGAGCCGGCAAGUCAACGAUCCUGAAGCUUCUAGCCCGGUUCUACGACGUGAAUGAAGGCUCCAUCACAGUGGAUGGACAGGACAUCCGUGAUGUUGACCAAUGCAGCUUGCGGGAUCAUAUAGGCAUCGUGCCCCAGGCUCCUGUGCUCUUCAACGACACCAUAAUGAACAAUGUGAGAUACGCCAGACUCUCGGCGACUGACGACGAAGUCUUCGACGCGUGCAAGGCAGCCUGUGUUCACGAUCAGGUCAUAGGAUUCACUGAUGGAUACGAGACGCGAGUGGGUGAACGAGGCGUCAAGGUGUCCGGUGGUGAGCUGCAGCGUCUGGCGAUCGCGCGAGCCAUCCUGAAGCAGCCCUCGAUUGUGCUCCUCGACGAAGCUACCAGCUCCGUGGAUACCGAGACGGAGCAAAAGAUUCAAGAUGCGUUUGGUUCCCUCUGUGCUGGGCGCACAACGUUCAUUGUGGCCCAUCGAUUGUCGACGGUGAUGAAUGCUCACAUCAUUAUGGUUGUUUCUGGCGGUGAAAUCAUUGAGCAUGGCAGCCAUGACACGCUGAUCGCCAAAAGGGGCAAAUACUCUGAACUGUGGUCAAAGCAGUUCUUUGCGAAGCCCAGAAGCAGGCUCGCAAACGACCUCGACCUGGCUGAUGGUAUUCAAGUCACGCCACAGCGGCAUACUGUCGAAACAUCGAAGGGAACGGCCAAUGGCAUGUCCAGCAGUCAAGACGGCAGCGAUGGUACGGCGAUCCACACUCCAUCGGGCCACCACAGAGAGGGAUCAAAGCUUAAUCCAGACGCUCCUACAUUCACCCCUCGCGCCGCAGACGUACACGUCUGCUUGUCAAAGCCUACAGAGACAGCAGACAAGUCAAUUUCCAAUGAAGAUCAAGAUGUCAUUCCCGAGAAGCAGCCAUUGCAGGAGCGAGAAACCAACCAGGACCCAAGCGAGAGUGGAGGUGGCUCCUCCAAGCUCUAGAAGAGCAAGGAGCCCCGAAAAACCUCCAAGUCGUACGGAAGGCGAAGGACCCCGAGAUAUUCGCGCCGAGUCCAGUCC